GGGAGAUAUUAUGAGGCUGUUGUCAUUAGGGCGAUUGCUGUUGAAUCACUGAAUCCUGACUCGGCGGCGGCGCGGGGCCGGGUGUGUGUGAGUGUGUGUGUGCGUGUGCGUGCGUGUGUGUGCGUGUGUGUGUGUGUGUGCGUGUAAGCGUGUGUGCGUGUGUGUGCAUGUGUGUGUGCUCCCGUGCCUCUAUGUGGCUGUGUGUGCUUGUGCGGGUGUGGAUGCGUGCGCGGUGCGUGUGCCCUUUCCUCCCUUCUUCCUCCCUUUCUUUCUUUUCUCCUUGAUUCAUCUCCCCCUCUCCCCGGUCAUCCCAUGGUGUUCAGGUCCCCGCUAGAGCUUUAUCCCACCCAUUUCUUCCUGCCAAACUUCGCCGCCGACCCAGACAUAGAGAGGCUGGGGAGGUUCCUCUGGUCGCUGCCGGUGGCGCCGGGGGCAUGCGAGGCCAUCAACAAGCACGAAUCCAUCCUGCGGGCCCGGGCCGUGGUCGCCUUCCACACGGGCAACUUCCGAGACCUCUACCACAUCCUGGAGAACCACAAAUUCACCAAGGAGUCCCACGGCAAGUUGCAGGCCAUGUGGCUCGAAGCGCACUACCAGGAGGCCGAGAAGCUAAGGGGUCGCCCGCUGGGGCCGGUUGAUAAAUACAGGGUGAGGAAGAAGUUUCCGCUGCCCAGGACCAUUUGGGAUGGAGAGCAGAAGACGCACUGCUUCAAGGAGAGGACUCGCAGCCUCCUGAGGGAGUGGUACCUGCAGGACCCUUACCCCAACCCCAGCAAGAAAAGGGAACUGGCUCAGGCCACGGGGCUCACCCCCACGCAAGUAGGCAACUGGUUCAAAAACCGAAGGCAGAGAGACAGAGCAUUGAACUUGUACAUUGUACACCUGCCACGGAUACAUAACUACAAUAGAGUACCGGGAGCGAAGCGUAACUUCCCGAGAGGCGUGUGA